AUGGAUCGUAUCUUCAAACUAAACCUAUGGGUCAAGCAAGUUAAUCGACCUGCUGGAGUAGAAGAGAUUGUUCAAUAUAGUCUUAACUUGACUUUGGAGCACAACAUAGGUCACAUCAAAGAACUGAUCUGGAUAAUGAGUGAAAGUUACAACCUUAAGCCAGUGUUCCUAAAGAUAACAUACAAGGACGCUAGCUUGAACGAUCUGGAUACGUUGGCUAGUAUUAUGGGGAUUUCAGAGCCUCCCUCCAACACUGAGCAGGACUGGGGACUCAUAAUUGACUACACAUUGUUCGAUUCGCCAUUUAUUCCCAAUAGAACCCCAGUGCUUACAGCGUUCGAAGUAGUGGUGGACGGACCAGUAAGAGGUGAAUUGAUUUCCUUUUCGUCACAGUAUACACUUGACACGUUGCUUAGCACAAUUGAGCAGAACUUCAAAAGCAAGUAUGAUGUGCAAGGUAAUUUUGUCAUGGUGAGCGAAUCAUCUGAGUACGAUAAUGACAGACUUCGCAAAGGAUUCGAGAUUAUAACGCUUGUAGAUUUGACCGCCGGACAUGGGCGGAUCCUCGAGGAAGGUCGCUUGUGCAAGGCGCUAUUUUUGGACGUCACACCGUUGCAUCCUGUCAGGUUGUCUUUAGUGCCCACGGCAACUAUACAAUUGAAGCCUAAACAGGGAGGAGAAGCUACUAUGUAUUUGACCAACGCACAUGAGUCGAUUCAUUCUAUGAAAGAGUACCUUGCGGGAGAAGAGCAUGAUCCUCUCACUAUCAUGCUCUGGAAUGGACAUCGAGUCAUAUCAGCCGAACUGUCCACUUGCGAUUCUCGGCGGCUUGUGGAUGCACUUGGCUAUGAAUUCUUUAGUGGAGAGUCUCCGGCUUUGGAGUAUGUGUGUGGAAGACCGAAGCCUGUUCAUCAAGACAUGUCUGCUUGGGAACCCGAGCUUGAAAACAGCCUGGAGUAUUACACUCUUGAACUCAAUGGAUCGACCAUCAAGUUCUCGACUUCCGACAUGAUUGUAAACGAGAACGAUGGCUAUGUGCUUGUGAAUCCUGUUGCGUAUUCCCGAAUGGCCAACAAGUUUCAUGUUGUGGCAGGAGACUUUGCCAAUCAGAGACAUUUAAGGACGAGUGGUCCAGUUCCAACGGGUAUAAACGCUGGUCAUAGUUCUCCAAACGCUGGUCCAAUUACUUCGGGUCCAAUUACUACCGGUCCAAUGACUGCCGACCCAAUUACAGCUGCUGAUGGCACUCCAUCUGGAGUUGUUAGUAGUGGACCAACUUCGGUUCCUGGACACAUAACACCUACUCCAACAUCAACUGCAACACCUACUGGAACAACUAGUGACACGGAUCUGACUGCACCAACAACACCAGAACAAGAACUUUUACAGACUACGAAUCAUCCACUGGGUACUACAGUUGUUGCUCAAAAUGUUCAGGAACCAAUUGCGCAAGAAAAUCUCCAUGCUCCCCUUGAACAACCUCCCAUUGCUCAAGAAGACGCAGAUCAACCCAACCCAGAUCGUUCAGUUUUCGAGGUGAUCAGUCGACUUCUAAUGGCCAAUAGGCAACGAUUCGCGCGGUUUGGAGUUGAGAUGGUUAUUGGAGUGUUCAUCAUAGGGUACGAUUUCUUAUUCAUGUUUUUCAAGAUGGAGAUCCUCGUGUUUCUCCUUGUUAUUUCAUUGUUCGUGUUGUUUUUUCACCGUGGUCGAGAAGCUAGCGAGUGGCUUGACCGGAAUUUGUUGGCCAACGCACCACCAAACCAAUUAGACUUCGUAUUGGUGCGAGACAUCUCACGUUUGAUGCUCUACUGCAACCGACUCGACGAUCGCAUAUGGUCUGGACUUCUCCAGUUCACAAUUAAGGUUUUGCAAGUGUUCAUUCCUCGACGCUACCAGUGGCUCGCCCAAGAGUCCCGUGGAGACCGCAGCAUAUGGAACAACAUGGUGGAAUUUGCCAAGGAGUCAAUUGGUACCGGAGUAUUGUUUUUUGCAACGUUACUGCCAUUCAUACAAGAAGGCGUGGAGGAGUACUUACUACGGAUGAGCAACUCUGAGGCCAAGACCAUCAUCAAGGCUAUUGAGACAAUUCUUAACGAGCCAAGAUGGGCGCAGCACAAUCAACUCUUCAAGCGAACAGUGCAGUCACAAUUUGGCGCCAACGUGGACGAGUUCUUGGCCCAAGAAAAAGUUGAAGAGUAUGAAGAAAUUUUGCAACUAUUAAAACUAUGGACCAUAGUAAAUCGAUUGCAAAAGGUAUUUUUAGCCGAGGUUGAAAGGCUCGAGCGGGGAUCUACUGAUACGAUUUUUGAAGGCGUCGAGGAUAUUGACAGUACAAGUGCUCGAAAUGAAGGAGCGGAUUCGGACGACCAAAACACUCCUGAAAGCAAAGAGGCUUUCUUUGACGAAAUUGUUCGUGCAGAGGGUGCGAGUGGCAUGGAAGUGAGCGAGAUCGACACGGUGAUAACGCAGCGAUAA